GUCACCCUCAGCACGGAUGGCACGGCCAGGGGAGGAGCAGGCGGCAGCAGGAGGGGUGACGGGGCAGCCGGUGCCACCGCGCUGGUCCCUGCGGAGCCGCCAGGAGGGGACGCGAGAGCCGGGAUCCGGUGCCGAGCCCUGGAGCAAAGGGGACAGAGCCAGGACUGGCCUGGCACUGCUGGGACACACCUGGGACACCAACCACCGGUGCCACACAGACCUGCAGAGGAUGUCUUGGCAGGGGCAGAGAGCCUGUGUGGGCCAGGAGUGGCUGGACAAGGAGAAAACUUCACAAGAAGAGAAACUGGAGCUGCUGGAGAGGCUGCGGGAGCUGGAGCGGGGCAGCCGCUCCCUCCUGCAGCAGCGGCUGCGGGUCCUGCAGCGGCUCCACGGGCUGCUCCAGAGGGACAAGGCGGAGACCCUUCGGCAGCUCCGGGAGGCCCUGGAGCAGGGUCGGGCCGGCAGGAGGAUCCUGCGGGAGCAUCUCCCGAGCCGCCCGCGGGACCCGGCGGUGCCGGGGCGGGCUGGGGGCUCCCCGGGCCUGGGGACCCCCCCCCGCCCCAGCAGUGCCGUGGGACCCGGCCCCUCGCCGGCAGCGCUCGGCUCAUCCCUGCCCUCCCCCAGCCGCGCCCUCAUUGCCCUGCGGCGGCUCCGGCAGCAAAUCCAGCGGCGCCUCGGGCAGUGGCAGAGGCUGGAGAGAGCCCUGGGAGCCGCCGGACACAGGCAGGAGGACGGGGAGCAGAGGCAGCAGCCGGAGAAGGUCCCAGCUCCAGGAGCCCCGAGGGAGCCCCUGGUCCAGGGACAGAGGGAACAUCCCCAUCCCUCCCUGGCCCUGAGCUCCCGGGGGCUCCUGCAGCAGCUCCAGCAGCACUUCCAGGAGCUGCAGCUGGAGAAGACACGGGACACUGGGAGCCCGACAGCCCUGGGGGACAAUCGGGCACCAGAGAGGAGCCCCGGGGCCAGCCCGGGGUGGGGACUCCCCCUCUGCCACCGGCCCAGCGCUGAUCCAAGGAAAGGAAGAGGGGCUGAGCUCCACCAUGGAGCAGAAUUCCCGGUGGGAACAGCCCUCAGGCAGGUCCCACCAGCACCACCCCACGGCACCAGUGAUCCCAGGGUCACUGUUGGAUCCUGAGGGAGUCAGGUGGGAUGGCCAUGGAAUCCCAGGGAUCAGGCACAGGGCUCCCACAUCCUCUUCCCACCCUGCAGAUCCUCCCCUGGUCACUCUCCCAUCUCUCACUCUGGGACAGAGCCGGGGGCAGCUUGCAGGUGACAUUUUCUCUUCUGUUCCACCACGAGGACACCGGUUGGAUAUUUGGGAAAAAUUCCAAGUUGAAAAGGAAGUUAAACACUGGACCAAGCUGCCCAGGGCAGUGGUGAAAUCACCAUCCCUGGAAGUGUCAAAAAAACGGGUCCUUGUGGCACUUUGGGAUGGGGUUUAGUGGGAUUUGCUCAAAGGUUGGACUUGAUGAUCUUGGAGGUCUUUUCCAGCCUUAAUGAUUCCGUGAUUCUGAGUUUUCUCCCUGGACACUGAGGUCUCAGUUAUGGAAUUACAAUAGGCAGAACAAAGCUCCUGAAAAUUCCUCAAAAAGCACCACGAGGUUGUGACAGAUCCUGGAGCUGCCAAGUGCCCUUGGACAGGUGGGAUCUGCCCAUGGAGCCAGGCUGGGAUCGCUGACCCUGCGACAGAGAAAAUCCAAGGGAACUGUUCUGUUUGGAUGCUUUAAUUUAAUCUGGAAAAAAGAGAAACCCAUUCCUCCAUCUCUGCACAUCUUGGGAAAUGCUGGUUUUAAUUUGCAGGAGAACACCCAAGGAAAGUUUCUACACGUGAAAAGGGAAAAAUGGGAGUUUCUUGCAGGAUUUCAUUGCCCAGGGGAGGGAAUGGAUGAGGAUUGGAAUAUUUGUGUGUUUUCUUUCCAAUGAAAAUAAA